AUGAACAUCCACCGCUUAAGCAAACUGAUCGCGCAGUUUGCCAUGUCAAGGGCAGAACUCCUGGACGGAAUCUCCAGACCAGAGAUCAUGUACACGAAUGAUCUCAGAGACCGUGGUGACGGAUCCCAGCGCCUACCACCAGUCCUGGAUUACGAAGAGCUCUCGGAGAAGAGUCGCAAAAGACGUGACAAAUUCGAAAUCCUUUUCUUAGCUUGCCUGGCAAGAGAGUCCAUCUGCCGCGCAAAGUUGAAGGCUUUCAGCCCGAUCGACCUCGUCCAGACUGAGCUAAGACCUAACGCGCACAACACUCGAAUGCUGGCUCGUCUGCUUCGUGAGGACGACUUGGCCAAGAAGCCAUACCUUGGAUGGAGCCACGAAGACUUCAAGGCUGCUUUGAUCCAACGCCAUGUCAUUGUGCCAAACCUUCAGUCCUUGUCAAGACUUGAAACUCGCCUCGCACUCGAAAACGCAGACGCCAACCGCCGCUUCCGUUUCAUGGAUUUGCCCAAAGAGAUCCGUACCAUGAUCUAUGAAAGAGCGCUCUUGCACCACGCCGACAUUGUCGUCAAAGACUGCUCGGCUCCCGCAUUGUUGGCUGUGAGCAAGCAGAUCAGAAAGGAAGCAACCAAAGUCUUCUUCAGAAUCAACAGAUUCCAGUUGCGUGUCGCUAAGAAAACCUUGACCACUCUCGAACCUUUCCAGAUGGCAGAUUCACUCUGGCUGCACAAGAUCGGAUCGAAGAAUGUGGCCAGUAUCCGUCGUAUCUCUUUCUUCAUCAUCUGCUACCGCCCCUUUGCACUUGAAUUCGAUCUCACACGUCUGAUCGUCGCUCGCUGUGUCAGAGCCAUGAACAAAGACUUUGUUUGUCACUGCGGCAGUUGUUCUUGCCAGACCAGAACUACACUGGGUGAUGAGCUGGCUUCCUAUGAGCAAGACAAGGAAGACGAAGACGACAAUGUCCCAAGCUGGGUCAAGAUGCUUGUAAGCGAAACUUCAUCUCCAUCCGACCCACCAAGCCCAUCCCGAGCCGAACGUCUGGAACUCGAGAUGUGUGCUCUGCAAGAAGAGAUGGAUCGUUUCAGCCUGCUUUGCAAGUCGGGCAAGGAGGUUUGUCCUACACUCCAAGGUCUUCAACAACUGGCUUGCGCAGUUUUGCAGGGAGUAUUGUUUUGA